GGCGGCGGCGGCUCCAUCGUUUUGCUCCGGGGUCCGGGGUCGACAGGCGGCGGCGGCGGCGGCCGCGUUGAGCUACGCAGAACCGCGGACCUCAGCCCCCCGAGGCCCCGCCAGGCCACAGGCGCCCGGCCUGGGCCAGCAGAGCAGCAGUGACCCCACCGUUUUCCGGGUGGCGAGCUGGGGGUGCGCCCGGCCCCCCGCCCCAGGGACCAUGGGAAAUGGCAUGACCAAGGUGCUUCCUGGACUCUACCUGGGAAACUUCAUUGGUGAGCAACACCCACUCUGUCCCAAGGCCGUGGCACUCUGCCUUGUCCAGGCUGAUGCCAAAGACUCAGAUCAGCUGAGCCGGAAUAAGAUCACACACAUACUCUCUAUCCACGAGUCACCCCAGCCUCUGCUGAAGGAUAUUACCUACCUUCGCAUCCCAGUGGCUGAUACUCCUGAGGUACUCAUAAAAAAGCACUUCAAAGAAUGUAUCAACUUCAUCCACUGUUGCCGCCUUGGUGGGGGGAACUGCCUUGUGCACUGUUUUGCAGGCAUCUCCCGCAGCACCACCAUUGUGACGGCUUACGUGAUGACGGUGACCGGGCUAGGCUGGCGGGAAGUGCUGGAAGCCAUCAAGGCCACCCGGCCCAUCGCCAACCCCAACCCAGGCUUUAGGCAGCAGCUUGAAGAGUUUGGCUGGGGGAGUUCACGGAAGCUCCGGCGGCAGCUGGAGGAGCGCUUCGGGGAGAACCCGUUCCACGACGAGGAGGACCUGCGCGCGCUGCUGCCGCUGUGCCGCCGCUGCCGCCAGGGCUCGGCCGUCCCGACCGCCACGCACCCGUCCACGUCGGACGGGACCCUGCAGCGCCUGGUGCCGCGCGCGCCCCGGGACGCGCACCGGCCGCUGCCGCUGCUGGCGCGCGUCAAGCAGACCUUCUCCUGCCUCCCGCGCUGUCUGUCCCGCAAGGGCGGCAAGUGAGGAGCGCCCCG